ACACCCACACGCUGCAGCUCAGACACGCUCGUCUUCCUGGUUUCACAUCAGCCCAAAUAUAAACUUGGAGUUGGCAGCGUUACAGGUUGAGUAGGCGGAGACUCUCACACUUCAGGCCGGAUCAGGACACAGUGAAGGACAAACCUGCGACAAACACAGCCGAUCGAAGUUUACCAGGCGAGAGAGUCCAGCCACUUCUGUCUGCUCCACAAAUAUGGCGCUGUCCCCGGCUUCAAUGGUGGCUCGGCGGGCGUUAGCUGCAGCGUCCAGUCAUGAAGGAACCGCCAAGACCUGGAAGAUCGUGAGCUUCGUGGUGGCCCUGCCCGGAGUGGCCCUCUGCAUGGCCAACGCCUACCUGAAGGCCCAGAACGAGCCGCACGAGCCGCCCGACUUUGUGGCCUACACUCACCUGCGCAUCCGCACCAAGAGAUUUCCGUGGGGAGACGGAAACCACACUCUGUUCCACAACCCUCACACCAACGCUCUGCCCGACGGCUACGAGAGCUCUGACCACCACUGAGCAACGACUUGACCACACAGAGCAGCGAGCUUCUGCUGCGGGGCACCUAACAAUAAAACCACUUUAUCCUC